GGGGGCAGAAGAAGUCGUGUGGGCUUAGAGUCAACACAGCGCUGCACUCUUGUGUUUAUACGAUCUGUAGAGGCUUUAACGUCAACCUAAGACACUCCAUAACAAGUCCCCACAUCUAUGCUGCCGUUCACCAUUUUGCCAUCGCGUCAGUUGUAGCCGGAGCGCAUGGAGUCGGUGCUGAAAAGGUCGGUGAGGUGUUCAGCGGACAAGAGAUCAUCCAGCUAAUGUUAGUUAGCCGCAGCCAGCCGCGGACUGCACGGUGCGGACUAGAGAGUGGAGAAGCUCGCUGCCCACUCUGCUGACGGACAGACGGACGGACACCGACCUGAAACAAUGGGCCUCAUCUUCGCCAAACUGUGGAGCUUCUUCUGUAACCAAGAGCACAAAGUGAUAAUCGUUGGACUAGAUAAUGCUGGGAAAACCACCAUCCUCUACCAGUUUCUGAUGAAUGAGGUCGUCCACACGUCACCCACCAUCGGCAGCAACGUGGAAGAAAUAGUUGUGAAGAACACCCACUUUCUGAUGUGGGAUAUAGGAGGACAAGAGUCUCUCAGGUCCUCCUGGAACACCUACUACUCCAAUACAGAGUUCAUCAUUCUGGUGGUGGACAGCACGGACAGAGAGAGGCUGGCCAUCUCCAAAGAGGAGCUCUACAAGAUGUUGGCUCAUGAGGACCUGCGGAAAGCAGCUGUGUUGAUAUUUGCCAAUAAGCAGGAUAUGAAGGACUGUAUGUCUGCAGCGGAGAUCUCCAAAUACCUCACCCUGAGCUCCAUCAAAGACCACCCCUGGCACAUACAGUCCUGCUGUGCACUUACAGGAGAGGGUUUAUGCCAAGGCCUCGAGUGGAUGACCUCAAGGGCUGGACUCAGAUAGCCCCUCCCCCUGCCUUCGAUGGCCUGACUACCUGCACCACCUAUCCAGUGGCAACAACAGCUUGUCCUUACUGGCUUAUUCCUACCUUUUAUUUUUUUUUUAAUGAAAAACUUGGACUUUUACCUCUGGAGACGACAUGGGAUGGAGAAGCGUCGACACCUUCCACGGCGUCACUGUCACAGUGGAAGCUGGUGUUUCUCAGAGUCGAUGGAAACGUGACCAGAACUGAUGAACUGACCUGGUUAUCUGGAACGAGAAGUCGCUUUCACAGCAAAGACGAGAAUCAUUUCAGUAAGUUAAGAGCAUGUCCAAGUGUAAAGCAGGGCUGCGCCGGAUACUUACCCCACAUAUCAUGUUCUGUGACGCCAUAUCUUUAAGAGUAUGCCAUGAACAUCACAUUGGUGCAGCUCCAUCGUUGUUUUUGGCCUGUUAGUUUGUUCGUGUUCAGGUAAAUUGACAGGACAAACAAAGGGAUUACAAGCAGUAUUUUAACACCAGUUCUGAGGGGAAAGGUGGCACAAAGGAGUUUUCAGAAUAAUGUUCUCAUGCUUUUUUUUCCGUUAUUGCUUCGAGCACAGCCGUUAACAUGUUACACGAUUUCAGUUUCAUAAGCUACAUUUUUGGUUAUUUUCACACUAGAACUUAUUGGUGCCGAAAUGUGGUCAAAUACGAAUCUCCCUUCUUCGUUACCUUUGAACCUGUAUUUGUCAGCAUGCAAAAUAUUUUCUCCUUAAACUACAAUUAAGUCAGCUGUUUUUUUAAUUUUGCAAAGCAUUAAAUGGCUGAAUUAAGUGCAAGUAAAAUGCUCAGUUUUAAUAACAGUAUUUUAAAUUUAAACACUGUUUUGUCAAUGAUGCGUUAAGAUUUUUAUUUAAUUUUAUGCUUUUUGUUUUGGCUUUUAUAGGGAGUGCAGGUUUGCUCGUGGCGUGUUAGUAUCUAGGACUGUUUUGUAUUAACAGUGGUGCUCUGCAGGUGUGUGACUGAUCCACUGCAUCCUUAUAUUAAUUUUCCUAAGCCAUUUUGGCGCAUAUUCCACUUUUGACAUUUUGUACUUUUUAAACAAAGGGAUCAGAAACAGCCACCAUCAAAUCGGUGCCACACAUCUAUGGCGAAGUCGUUACUCAUCCUGGACUUUAAGGUUCAGUAGCAUUAAUAUCUUAAUAUUUUGGCCAUCAUUGAGUUACAAUACUUGAUCCUCAGCCUUAACCGUUCUGUUCUGAGUGUCUGGAGGACCGUAUGUGUGCGAAUCUGGCAGUCUACCCAUGACUUUCUUUUUUUUUUAACCCUUUUUUCCCUCUUUGACCCGGUAUACAAAUUCCUUGAACAGAUCUAUGCACGUGUCACUUUGAAACCAUGUCUACCUUUUGCGAGUUCCACAGCGGCCAAAAAGGAGGAGGUGCAUGAGUUUCACUGAGUCUGGGUCUCGAGAGUGAAGUCUGUUGUGGGACAGUUUUACACUACAAGGAAAAAGGUUAACUGUGCAGCCCCAGGACUCCUUGCAGCAUUACGGUUUACAACUUUUGCCUCGAUCUCACAGCGCAAGGGGACUGAUCUGUCUUUGUGGAGGUGUCCAGUCUGGGUCAUGUACUGUAUUUCAGUUUUAGUUUCAUUAAAAGUUUGUUUUGAACUUUAA